CGGCCGCCGAGGGGCGCGGGCGGCGGCGGCGGCGGCGGAGGCGGCGGCGACUCCCCGGUGUGUCCUGGGCUGCGCCUUGCUCCCCGCGGCCCUGGCGCCCCAGCGGCGCGGGCUGGCGCUUCCCCGGCGCAGACCCUAGGAGCCUGCAGCCCGGGAGCAGGGGCGGAACCACUCCGGCCCCGGCGCGCAGGGUCCUUCCUGCCCCGCCUGUCCGCCCUGGGCCGCGCCCGCCAUGUCCUACCCUCAGUUUGGAUACCCCUACUCCUCGGCUCCCCAGUUCCUGAUGACCACCAACUCCCUGAGCACGUGCUGCGAGUCUGGUGGCCGCACACUGGCUGACUCGGGGCCCGCAGCCUCAGCCCAAGCGCCCGUCUACUGCCCGGUCUACGAGAGCCGGCUGCUGGCCACUGCGCGCCACGAACUCAACUCAGCUGCCGCGCUCGGUGUUUACGGGGCCCCCUACGGCGGCUCGCAGGGCUAUGGUAACUACGUGACCUACGGCUCAGAGGCGUCUGCCUUCUAUUCGUUGAAUAGCUUCGACUCCAAGGACGGGUCGGGAUCUGCGCACGCGGGCCUCCCGCCAGCUGCGGCUGCUGCUGCCGCCUACUACCCUUAUGAGCCAGCUCUGGGCCAGUACCCCUACGACAGGUACGGGACCAUGGACAGCGGCACGCGGCGCAAGAACGCCACGAGGGAGACCACCAGCACGCUCAAGGCCUGGCUGCAGGAGCACCGCAAGAACCCGUACCCCACCAAGGGCGAGAAGAUCAUGCUGGCCAUCAUCACCAAGAUGACCCUCACACAGGUCUCCACCUGGUUCGCCAACGCACGCCGGCGCCUCAAGAAGGAGAACAAGAUGACGUGGCCGCCGCGGAACAAAUGCGCAGAGGAGAAGCGGCCCUACGGGGAGGGCGAGGAGGAGGAGGCCGGCGAGGAGGAGGCACAGGAGGAGCCCCUCAAGAGCUCCAAGGGCGAAGAGGCUGUCAGCAGAGAGGACAAGGAGCUGGAGCUCAGUGACCUGGAGGACUUCGACCCACUUGAGGCAGAGACCCCAGAGUGUGAGCUGAAGGCACCCUUCCAGCGCCUGGACAGCAGCCUGGAGCGUGGCCCUGCUGCACCUGAUGGCCCUGGCACUGGAGGCAAAGAGGCCUCCGGCCCGCUCCGGGUGCCCUUGCCCACGGAUGGUGGAGCUGCCCUGGAUGAGGACCUGGAGAGGGCCCGGAGCUGCCUCCGGAGCACAGUGGCCAGGGAGGAGCAACAGCCAGGCACAGAGGGUGACCCACAGGCCUGCGAGGCCAAGCUGGGCUUUGCACCUACUGGGACGCCAGGGGGUCUGGAGUCCAAGCCUCGCAUCUGGUCACUGGCCCACACGGCCACUGCUGCAGCAGCCACUGCCCUGAGCCAGACUGAGUUUCCGUCCUGCAUGCUCAAGCGUCAAGCUUCUCUUGCCCCUGCAGCCACAUCCUCCACACCCACCUCAUCCUCCUCUGUGGUCCCAGCACCCCUAGGUGCCCUGGACAGGCACCAGGACUCCCCAGUAACCAGUCUUAGAAACUGGGUGGACGGGGUCUUCCAUGACCCCAUCCUCAGGCACAGCACUUUGAACCAGGCCUGGGCCACCGCCAAGGGUGCCCUCCUGGAUCCUGGGCCUCUGGGACGCUCUCUGGGGGCCAGUGCCAACAUGCUGACAGCGCCCCUGGCCCGCACCUUCCCCUCUGCUGCACCCCAAGAUGCCCCAGCUGCAGGUGCUGCCAGGGAGCUGCUGGCCAUGCCCAAGGCUGGGGGCAAGCCCUUCUGCGCCUGA